GUCUUGCGGAACAUUUCUCAAAGUUCAAUACGGUACAUUUCUGGAGGCAGAGAGGGAGCAGAACUGGUUUCACCUGUAAUACGCAGCAAUGACAGCAACCAUGUCCGUCCUCUUCUUCUCAGGAUGGUUAGACCUCAGCAGUGUUUUAAUCUUUCUCUUUGUGUUUUUGAUACUUGUGGACCUAAUUAAAAACAAGGCUCCGAAAAACUUUCCUCCUGGACCACCGUGGUCCCUGCCUUUUGUGGGAGAUCUUUUCCGUAUCGAUUCAAAUAGAAUUCAUCUCCAGAUGGCAGAGUUUGCCAAACAAUAUGGAAAUAUUUUCAGUAUUCGAAUUGGGCAAAGGAUAGUUGUCCUGAAUGGUCUACAGCUUGUAAAAGAGGCUCUGGUUGAACAUGGUGAAAACUUUGCUGUUCGUCCAACAGUACCACUCUCUGAAGAUAUUACGUUGGACAAAGGUUUGGUUGCCUCCGGUGGAUAUCAAUGGAAGCAACAAAGAAGGUUUGCUCUCUCUACUCUGAGAAACUUUGGACUGGGGAAGAAAAGUCUUGAGUCACAGAUCCAAGUGGAGUGUAGGUUCUUAAAUGAUGUUAUAGACAAGAGUCAAGGCCAGCCAUUUGAACCUAUUUCCGUUGUUAACAAUGCUGUUGCCAACAUCAUCAGUUGUCUGGUGUUUGGCGAUCGGUUUGACUACAGCAACAGCUACUUCCAAAGACUGCUGAAAUUAAUGAAUGAAGCAAUUUAUUUGGAGGGAAGCAUUUGGGCUCAGUUGUACAACAUGUUUCCGUGGCUGAUGCGCAGAUUACCUGGUCCACACAAAAAAAUAUUUUCCCACUGGGCAAUUGUGAUCGACUUUGUAAAACUAAAAAUUAAGGAGCACAAGGAGGACUGGGACCCUUCAACUCCGAGAGACUACAUUGACAGCUUCCUUUCUGAGAUGGAAAAGAGGAAAGAUGAUGCUGAAGCAGGUUUCAAUGAAGACAACUUGUGUUCUUGCACUUUGGACCUGUUUGCAGCUGGGACUGAAACAACAUCAGCUACUCUGAACUGGGCUUUACUGUAUAUGAUUAAAUACCCAGAAAUACAAGAGAAGGUACAAGCGGAAAUAGACAAAGUACUUGGACCCUCACAUCCGGCCACCAUGGCAGACAGAGCCAAUAUGCCCUACACCGACGCUGUUAUUCAUGAAAUACAGAGGAUGGGCAACAUUAUACCACUGAAUGUGCCACGUAUGGCUGUAAAGGACACUACAAUUGGAGGAUACACAAUUCCAAAGGGUACUAUGGUGAUGGGAACUUUACAGUCUGUUUUGUUUGAUGAGUCUGAGUGGGAGGCUCCUUUCACAUUUAAUCCUGGCCAUUUCCUGGAUGAGGAGGGCAAGUUCAAAAGAAGAGAUGCCUUCUUGCCUUUUUCAGCUGGGAGCAGGAUGUGUCUUGGGGAACCACUGGCUCGAAUGGAGUUGUUUCUAUUCUUCACCUCCCUUCUCCAGCAGUUCACAUUCUUUUCACCCCCAGGUGUGGAGCCCACCCUGGAAUUCAAAAUUGGAUUCACUCUUCAACCAAAGGGAUACAAGUUAUGUGCUGUACCCCGCUGAGCAUAGUAAUGUAACGAUUAACUUCUGGAGAUUUUCAACUGGAAGUCAGCACAUGUUCAGCUUUG